AUGGGCAACACACAAGUUACGCACAGCAAAUCAACAACGGAACAAACUCAACAGCUGUUGCAGCAGCUGCGUCGCUGCCUGAAGAAGCGUCUGCGUCGCCGCAAGCGCUGCGGCCUUGUCGGCGCCUCAACUUCGCUGCUGCGCCCCAUGCCGCGCUGCAGCUCCUUUGGCAGCUCGCACACUUUGCUCACGCCCAAGGCAAAGCCCAAGGCCAAGGCCAAGAGCGAUGGCAACUACGCUCAAUGGAAAUGCAUGUUCGAGCAUGCGCCGCAGCUGCAGCCGCUGCCACGCCCACACGACAUAAGCGAAGCGCUCUCGGGCCAAACAACGCCGCGUGGAUUUCCCUCGCACACGGACGCGCGUCGCUGCCAAUUGCCGCCGCCGGCUCCUCCACUGUGUGAGCUGCAGGCGCAGCUGAAGGUGCGCAAGCGUCUCAGCUUUAGGUUGCCACAUGGCCACACGGGCAGCAUUCCACGCCUCAAUGCGCGCCAGCGUGCCGCUCAGCAGCAGCUCGAGGCGCAACUGCAGCGCGAUCUCUGCGAUCUGGAGGAUUACUAUGGCGGCUUUCACUAUGCGCUACGCAAUGAGCGACGCAUUUGAAUUGAACAACAAACAACUUAGAACUA